AUGGCGUCUGCUACAGCUGUGCCAAAAGCGCAUCUACCACCCAUCUCGCUCGAUAUUCCCGUGGCCAAGGUCAAAUACAAAGAUCUGGUUGCAGAUCUAGUACGCAUCUACCAAACGUAUGCCUGCUCAUUGUCCGAACGGGAGCAGUUGGAUUUCUGUCGCAUGGUUAACGGCUGCGAGUAUGAACACGGUCAAGCAGCAGAGUAUUCAAUCGCCUGCCACAAGGCCUACCGCAAAAUGUUUCAUCCCUAUACCCAGGGCUGCUUCAGAGACGCCGUGACGUUUGACAAAUGGGCCCUGCUGGCUGCUCUUUACUUCAGACCCUGGCCCAGCACGCCGACCGGACUGCAGAGGGUCGCCAAAGCCGUGAGCCUCCUGGGCCUUCGGCGCGAGCCCCGUUUCGAGCAGUACCAGAGCUACCACAAGACGAGCCUCGAGAGCUUGCCGCUGCCCAACCCGGACAGUCUGGCUUCCAGAUCAGACUUUAAGCUCAUCUUCCUGACGUCGCCCGCACCGGCCAGUAUCUUUGACGAUACGGGCCCUUUGCCCAGCAGCCGGUCUGGCGUCGUCGCCAACCCUUUGCGACCAGCCGACAGCGCAGAGCAGCUGGAGGAUUUCAACACCGAGCAGCUUUGCGACUUUUUGAAGAAUCUGGAUGCCACAAAUAUGAAAAUGGACCAUGAUGGCGAUGGCGAUGGCUAUGAGCCUCCAUCAGCGGUGACAUCACGGGAGGCGAGCGUCAUUGUUGUGGACGUGAACGGCUUGACUCUUACAGAGAAGCCUACAACACCUGUGGCGAGAGUGACAGGAGAAACAGACUCCAAGACUUCGAAGCACCGACUUUCGAGCAGUCCUGACGGGUUGUUGAGAUCUCCUGCGAAAAAGCAAGACCGCGGAAGCAUUUCCAUCAAUACUCCGGCCGCCGGACGUCAGCGCAGCAUGGAACAAGCGCCCACCGGCAAGGCCUUUUUUGAGCAGCUUGACAGUUUCAUGGCAACAGUGCCGGAAAGAAUCGGCCAACUUCAGGCCCAGCUCGACUGCCACACGUGCCGCAUCGCCCCGGACGUCAGCCAGGCCGCCGCAGCAGACCGACAAGCCGACGAGGACGCCCUCCAGGAGGCCAGCCGUCAGCUUGAGAUGCUCAAGGCCCAGUUUGAGCAGUUCAGGACGGCCCAGGAGGAGACGAAGAGGCAGCAGACGGCCCGCGCCCGCGAGGCGUCUGCCGCCGCAGCAGAGGAGCAGGCGACGGCCAUCCGCAAGGAGGUGGAGGCGCAGGUGGCCCUCGUGCGCGCGGACCUUGCCGCCGAGAGCGAGGAGCGCAAGCGGGACGCGAAGACGGCGAAGCAGGGCCAGGACAGGCUGGACACGACCAUCAAGAAGCUCGAGGGCAGCGUGAGCAGCAGCGCAAGAGCGGCCAAGCAGGAAAAGGCAGCGCGCGAGCGCUACCGGGCGGAGGUCGACGCCGCCAUUCGCGAGAUCAAGGAAAGAAGCAGCAGCAAGAAGAGCACGGCGCCGCCCGCUGCUUCCGCUGCUCUGGCCGAGAACGUCUGCAGGAUUGUGGACGAGCACCUGCCGGGAGCGCUCCGCCACGUCCUCCAGCGUCAUGCCAGAGCCAAGGAAGAGGCCGGCUUGAAGAAGUGA